GAGGAGGAGGAGACAGGCCGCUUACACACGCCUUCCAGCCCUCCACUCAGAGCAGCCCGAGCCCGCGGCCGCCGCCACUGCUCCAGCUGCCGCCGCUCCAGCCAGUGCCGCGGCUGCCACCUGAGGAGACCCACACGGUGCGAGCCCAAGGCGCUGCUGCCCCGCCGACCCCUUUCGAGGUCCCCCGUGAUCCGUGCGCGCUGCAACUCUCACUGCUCUUCUUAUCAUCUCCUUUUUUUUUUUUUUUGCAAGAAGAGAAACUAACCGGAGAUUGCAGCCAAGAAGAACCGCGUCCACCUGGACUGACUACUGAAGCGUCUCCUGGAAUUAAGAGGGUCGGUCGCCCGUCCUGGGAGGAGCAGCCAAAGACACCGAGGGAGGGCGUCCUGGAGGGGGAGGGAGGAGUUGCGGGUGGCGCGUGGAGGAAAGUUGCGUGUGGUGUGGUCUAGACCCGACGGCGCAGCGCCACGAUCCCCCGGGGGACCGUGUGUCUAGGAAAAAACGCCGUUGCCCCCUGAGUCGGGACCCAGGAGCGAGCGGGCCCCGUGGGCCCGGGGACGACGCCCCCUCCUGCGGCGUGGACUUUGUCGGUGGACCCUCGAGGAGGAGGAGGAAUAUGGCACCUAAGGUUUCUCCUUCUGGCCGUCUGGUUUUCUGCCUCUUGAUCUCCGCCGCGGUCCUCAGACCAGGCCUCGGAUGGUACACUGUCAACUCAGCUUAUGGAGAUACCAUUGUCAUGCCUUGCCGACUCGAUGUACCUCAGAACCUCAUGUUUGGCAAAUGGAAAUAUGAAAAGCCCGACGGAUCCCCAGUAUUUAUUGCAUUCAGAUCCUCUACAAAGAAAAGUGUGCAGUAUGAUGAUGUACCAGAAUACAAGGACAGAUUGAGCCUCUCAGAAAACUACACUUUGUCUAUCAACAACGCAAAAAUCAGUGACGAAAAGAGAUUUGUGUGCAUGCUAGUGACCGAGGACAACGUGUUUGAGGCACCUACAUUAGUCAAGGUGUUCAAGCAACCCUCUCAACCUGAAAUUGUAAACAAAGCACCAUAUCUCGAAACAGAGCAGCUAAAAAAGUUAGGUGACUGCAUUUCAAGAGACAGUUACCCAGAUGGCAACAUCACAUGGUACAGGAAUGGGAAAGUUCUGCAACCCCUUAUAGGAGAGGUGGUCAUACUUUUUAAAAAGGAAAUUGAUCCAGUUACUCAGUUGUAUACUAUGACUUCAUCCUUGGAGUAUAAGACAACCAAGGCUGACAUACAAAUGCCAUUCACCUGUUCUGUGACAUAUUAUGGACCCUCAGGCCAGAAGACAAUUCAUUCGGAGCAAGUAGUCUUCGAUAUUUACUAUCCUACCGAGCAGGUGACAAUACAAGUGCUGCCGCCGAAGAAUGCCAUCAAAGAAGGAGACAACAUCACUCUCCAGUGCUUGGGGAAUGGCAACCCGCCUCCUGAGGAGUUCAUGUUUUACUUACCAGGACAGCCUGAGGGAAUAAGAAGCUCAAACACUUAUACACUGACAGAUGUGCGGCGCAAUGCCACAGGAGACUACAAAUGCUCACUGAUCGACAAAAAAAGCAUGAUCGCUUCAACAGCCAUCACGGUUCAUUAUUUGGAUUUAUCCUUAAACCCAAGUGGGGAAGUGACCAAGCAGAUCGGUGAUGCCCUACCUGUGUCAUGUACAAUAUCUGCUAGUAAGAAUGCAACUGUGGUGUGGAUGAAAGAUAACAUCAGGCUCCGAUCAAGCCCAUCGUUUUCUAGCCUCCAUUAUCAGGAUGCCGGGAACUAUGUCUGCGAAACUGCUCUUCAGGAGGUGGAAGGACUGAAGAAAAGGGAGUCACUGACACUCAUUGUAGAAGGAAAACCUCAAAUCAAAAUGACAAAGAAAACGGACCCCAGCGGACUGUCAAAAACCAUAAUCUGCCAUGUGGAAGGGUUUCCAAAACCAGCGAUACAGUGGACCAUUACUGGAAGUGGAAGCGUCAUAAACCAAACAGAGGAGUCUCCUUAUAUCAAUGGCAGGUAUUAUAGUAAAAUUAUCAUUUCCCCCGAGGAGAAUGUUACAUUAACUUGCACAGCAGAAAACCAACUGGAGAGAACAGUAAACUCCCUGAAUGUCUCUGCGAAUGAAAACAGAGAAAAGGUGAAUGACCAGGCAAAGCUAAUUGUGGGAAUUGUAGUUGGUCUCCUCCUCGCGGCCCUCGUGGCUGGUGUCGUCUACUGGCUGUACAUGAAGAAAUCAAAAACUGCAUCCAAACACGUAAACAAGGAUCUUGGGAAUAUGGAGGAGAAUAAAAAGCUAGAAGAAAACAAUCACAAGACAGAAGCCUAAGAGAGGAGAGGUUCCAGGUGUUCAGAGAAAAACCAUAUAGACAAACUGAAGCAUGAACGUGGAUGUAUUUAAGACAUAUACAGAGACAAUGACAGCAAUUCAUGGUUCAAGUAUUACGCAGUUCACCCUACCAAGCUGUCACAGGAUCUUAGAGAAUUAUCUCAAGUAAAACAAUGAAAUAAAGUUAUCAAAUAAAAUAACAACAAGAUUUGGCAGCCAUGAUAAUAGGUCAUAUGUGGUAUUUGGUUCGAUUUUUUUUUCUGUAAAUGUCUGCACUAAGGAUUUCCUUUCAGUUUGCCUUUUGUGUAAAUUUUUUACGUAGCUAUUUUUAUACACUGUAAGCUUUGUUCUGGGAGUGGCUGUUAAUUGGAUGUAUAAUGUAAUGUUUUAUUUCAGUUGUUUAUAUGGAUAGUCUGAGCAGGUACGGUUCUGAUUCUGAUUGCUAUCAAUAAUGCCCCAAACGUCCUUAUGAGGACCUGAAACCCAAAGGUGGUAGUUUGUGAGACUGGGGAUAUAUACCUUGCCCAAACAGAAGUUGGUUUCUUCAUUCUGAGGACUGAGGAAGGGAGGCCAGCGCGAGAGUUGGGAGCACUACUGGAUGUGAUGGCCUGCGUGCUGCCAUCAUGCUCUCAGAAGCAAGUGAUGAACACAAGCAGUAACCCCACAUGACAAUGGCAUUCCCAAACUGACAAAUUCCUCUUCUCUGAGAAAGACAUACACAGAAUUUGGGUCACAUUUGCUUAAUGACGCCUGCUAGGAAAUUACAUUCAGUCAAAAAGAAAAAUUAGAAAAAAAAUAAUAAGGGAGACAAAAACCUAAUGCGUCAGAGAAAGUUCUGAAAAAUGACAGCUAGCGUUCCCAUUUUCACAGAUCACAAUGUAAAUCACUGUAAUUAAAAUUGGUGUAAAAUCCUUUGGGUUAGCCACUGCCUUAAAAUGACACUUAUUUCCUUUUAAAAAAAUAAAAUAAAAUAAGAGAUAUCAGUCAGAAUUGCAGAUUUUUAACAGUGGUCAUUAUUAAAGCUGUGUUAUUUUCCACAGAAUAUAGAAUAUAUAUAUUUUUUUCGUGUGUGUUUUUGUUAACUACGCUACAGAUAUUGAAUGCACCUUGAGAUAAUUUAGUGUUUUUAACUGGUACAUAAUUUAUCAAGCAGUACAUGAAAGUGUAAUAAUAAAACGUCUAUGUAUCUUUAGUUACAUUCCGAUUUGUAACUUUAUAAACAUGUUUUCUGCCUGAUGAACUUUUUAAGGAGGUAGUGUACGUGGGAACUUUCUGAAGUAGACUGGAUAAGGGCCAUUAGCAAUUUGUGACUAGACUUUUACUCUUUGCUCUUUCAAGUAGAAGCUUGGUUUCUGGGAUCACACUGCACAGCCAUUUUGUCCCAGAUUUACGUGGAUAACUUUAACUGAUAAAAGAAAAAUUGAUUAUUAGAUUUCCUGGUAUAGAACUAUGUUCUUUGAGAGGAAAAGGAAAUACGGUGUUUGCUUUUAGACUCAAAGAAUAAACUGUUUGGAAGGCAAUGAGAAACUAAUCAAAGAUUAAUCUCGGAUGGAGGUUGGGAAUAAUCUUUUGCCACUUCUGCAUACUGAGAGAUGUGUCUUUGUACAUUUGUAACCAUUUGAUAUCUGAGCAAUAGUGUCUCAGCUUAAUAAAAGCUUCCUAUAGUACAUUGGUAUGGAUUAAAUACGUAAAAUAUUCUAUUAGACUCAAUGCUGUAUAAAAUAUGGGGGGAAAACAUGUUAUUUUGCCUCUAAACUUUGAUUUAUUGAAGUUUUAUUUGGCAAGAAGAAAAAUUGAAUCUUGAUCAAUAUUUAAACCAAAGGGAAAAGGGAAAAACAAAACCAAACCAAAGUUCUUUGUUUUGCAUGGCUAAGCCAUUCUAUCUCUGUAAAUAAUAUGAUUUCUUUUUAUUUUCUUUUUCCUUUCUCUUUAGAAUUUUGUUAAAGAAAUUCUAAAAGUUUUAAACACCUUCUUUCCACAAUAAGCCAUGAACACUACAGUGAGAUUAGUUCCGUAUUAAUAUUUUUUGUUUAUUUUGUUUGCUUUUUUUUUUCCUUCGGUAUGGGAGAUCAAAGGUAUAAAGUCUUACUCCUAAGAUGUGUUUGCAGAAAAGUAACAGGGCAACAAAAAGAGAGUGUUUACUCUAGUCCAGCGUGAUGUACACUUGGAAUUGUAACUGAGUCCACAAACAGCUGUGAACAACCUAGACGGCAGUGUGAGAGGCUCAGGAGCAGAUGUUUACAAGAGAGGACAAGAUGGCCACUGCUGCACCAGUGUCUGCACAAAGAGGAAGCUCACUUGUGUCAGAGCAACUCUGCAUGCUGUCACACUGGAAGGAUGCUCAUUGACAGUCUUCAACUUCUGGGGUUUCUUCUCUCCAAUUGUACUCGUUGGCAACAGGAUACAGGUUUUUUUAGCCAGUUCAAGGUUCACUCCCUAUAUGUAAUUAUAGGAAUUGUAUGUGGAAAUGGAUUAACAUAUCCCUCUAUGCCUAAAAGAAAAUAAAAUGAAAUAUGUCUUCACAUAUCCCUCAUAGCUGUCUGCCUCUUGUCUGCCAUAGAAUGUUCAUGUACAAAAAAAGGUGAUUUUUCUUUAAUAAAAAGUGGAAAAAGUU